GCCAAAUGAAUUAUGUGGGAAUGAUUUAUGGACAGUCGUCGCUUUUUGUCCUGGGGGCUACCUGCGCCUCUGUCCUUCUCUGAGUUCCAAGAACCAUGAACGUGGGCUGAUGCGCAUGGCUUGGGUCGCAAGAAAAUGCCCAGAAACCUUCGCCUCUGCAGACCGGUCACUUCUCCUCUCGUUUUCAAUCCAGGCCCUCGUCCGGAUGCCGCCAUAGUAGCGUGGUCGAACCACCGAAUCCCCCUGAAACCUUCUCUUCACUGGUUAGCCCGUGCAAUCAGUUCUUCCGCUUUUUGCGGCCCGAGACAGGGGAGGACUCCCCAGUCCUACUCCUCUCUCUUGGGUCGGUGUGCGGAGACGAGAUGCUUGUUGGACGUUCGGAAAGUGCAGACCCACUUGGUAAAAACCGCUUUCUUUCCAACCCUUUUGGGCCACAAGCUGAUCGACGCCUACCUAAAGUGCGGCUGCGUGGGCGACGCUCGCGACGUGUUCGACGAAAUGCCUGAACGGCACGUGGUCACCUGGAAUUCUAUGAUCGCUUCUUAUAUCAAGCGGAGGAGAAGUGGAGAAGCUGUCGAGCUUUAUGAGAGGAUGAUGAGGGAGGGAGUCUUUCCCGAUGAGUACACGUUCUCGAGUGUCUUCAAGGCGUUUUCGGACCUUGGUCUGGUGGCCGGCGGUCACAGAGCUCAUGGGCUCGCAGUGGUUUUGGGGUUGGAGGUUUCUAAUGUGUUUGUCGGUAGCGCUCUCGUUGAUAUGUAUGCAAAAUUUGGUAAAAUGAGAGAUGCGCAGUUGGUAGUGGACCGUGUAACAGAGCAAGAUGUGGUUUUGCUUACGGCAUUGAUUGUUGGUUAUGUGCAGCAUGGCGAGGACUUCAAGGCUCAAGAGGUUUUCUUGGAUAUGAUCAGGAAGGGGAUCAAGCCUAAUGAGUUCACUCUUGCAAGCACUUUAAUCGGUUGUGCAAACUCAGCAGAUUUAAAAUCUGGUAAAUUGAUUCAUGCGUGUAUAGUCAAAACCGGCUUUGACUAUGCAACCGCUUCACAAACUUCGCUCUUGACAAUGUACUCGAAAUGUGGGAUGGUUGAUGACUCCUUCAAGGUGUUCAAUGAUUUGGCUAACCCAAACCUGGUGACAUGGACAUCUCUCAUUGUAGGUCUUGUGCAAAAUGGAAGGGAAGAGAUUGCUCUUUUGAAAUUUCGGGAAAUGUUGCAGAAUUCUGUAAAUCCUAAUUCUUUCACACUAUCAAGUAUUCUUCGAGCAUGUUCGAGGCUAGCUAUGCUGGAAACAGGAAAACAAAUCCAUGCAGUUCUCACAAAAUAUGGAUUAGUUAGAAAUGGUUUUGCUGGAGCAGCACUUAUUGACCUGUAUGGAAAAUGUGGAACGGCAGAAAUGGCGAGGUCGGUCUUUGACCAGUUGAUAGAUAUAGACAUGGUGUCUAUGAACACCAUGAUAUAUAGCUACGCUGUUAAUGGUCUGGGACAGGAAGCACUUGAAUUGUAUAGUAGGAUGAAAGAUUUGGGGCUUGAGCAAAAUCAGGUGACAUUUGUGGCUGUUCUUUUGGCAUGCAGCAAUGCAGGUUUGGUUGAAGAGGGUCAGCAGAUCUUUUCAUACUUACGAGACAGUCGUGAAACAGAAUUGAGAAGGGAUCAUUACGCAUGCAUGGUUGAUUUACUGGGGAGGUCGGGAAGACUUGAAGAGGCAGAAAUGCUGGUGACACAAAUAAAAAAUCCAGAUCUUGUUGUGUGGAGGGCACUGUUAAGUGCAUGUAGGGUUCAUGGAGAUGUGAAAAUGGCAGAGAGAGCUAUGAAGAAAGUGCUUGAACUAGCACCAGGAGAUGAAGGAACGCAUGUGCUUUUGUCAAAUAUAUAUGCCUCGACUUGCAAUUGGAGUCAGCUUAUUGAGAUGAAAAGCACGAUGAGGGAGAUGAAACUGAAGAAGAACCCUGCAAUGAGUUGGGUUGAAGUUGAUAGAGAAGUUCAUACAUUCAUGGCUGGUGAUUUAUCUCACUUGGGAUCGAAAGAGAUACUCGACACGCUGGAAGAACUGAUUGAGAAAGUUAGAAAUCUUGGUUAUGUCCCGGACACAAGGUAUGUGUUACAGGAUUUGGAUGAAGAGAAAAAGGAGACAUCACUGUAUUACCACAGCGAGAAACUGGCCUUAGCUUUUGCUUUAUCAAGGACUAAAAAUAAGACCAGCAGUGUCAGGAUUCUUAAGAAUCUUAGAGUUUGUGGGGAUUGUCAUUCUUGGAUGAAAUAUGUCUCUGUUGCUGUAGGAAGAGAAAUUGUCGCAAGAGAUUCAAAGAGAUAUCAUCAUAUUAAGGAUGGCCUGUGUUCUUGCAGAGAUUAUUGGUGAAUCAGUUUCUGAUUCUUCAUAAUUAACAUAAAAUCUCCACCGCAUCAUUGAUGUAACUGUGCUCCGUGGAGGCACACUGUUGAUCUCCACAGAGUAAUCGCCCGAACAUUUAUCUUCCCACUGGGUCAGCAUUUGAGUGACUGGUAAAGAAGGGGUGCAGUUUUAUGAUCUUUACAUCAUGGACAACUUUGAAUAAGGAAGUUCUGGAGAGAAUGUAUCGUAAGUUUCUAUUUGAAAGCUCCAGAAAAUGUAUGGUGGAAAUAGGAGCUUUGACCUUGACACAAGAAGAAAAAUCGGAGAACAAGUUACACUCAGCCAUGGUCUGGGGAUGGAGAAAAGGUAUCUUAAAGUUAAGAUGCCGACAAUUUUGUAUUCUAAAGGUCUUGAGUAAAGCAUCAGCAGAGAAGUGUAUACAUUUAUGUUUAGAUGCUCCAUUCUUUGUCAUCAAAAUUGACCUCAUAUGCUCGUAUAAGAGAUCAUGCAAAUUUCGCUUGGUGAAUUUAUAGUGAUUUGGCUA